AAAUACACAGCUGUUUCAAUUCAAAUAUUCAAUUGAUAUCUUAUCCUUAUCACAUAAAAAAUCUUGGACCCUGUCAAAUUCCAUCCAAUGUUUUUUGUUCGUCCACGUUCCGAAUCAAAUCAGCAAAUAGACGUCUGAUUAUCAAACAACCGAACCCAACACGAUUUAUUGUUAUUUGUGUUAUUUGGUGUGUGGCGUUGACAGUGAAUUGAAGAGCGUUCGCGCGAAAGGAGCGACUGAGCGAUAGCGAGAAAGUGAGAGAGAGGCUUUGAAUGACAGUAGUUUUGAAGAGUGUACUAGAUAAUUCAUAUUUAAAUGGUGAGAGGUAAAAGUGCAGGCAUAUGUGGCGCUCAUCGUCGUAGCUAUGGAAAGCGAUAAUUUGUUCAACGAACGACAAUCCAUUCGGGACUCGGCUCGUCAACUGAAAAAAUAUGGAAGCACUUGUAAUCACGUUCGGAAUAAUGAAUAUCUAAUACGUCACAAUCUACAACAAACUGAUACAUUGCAAGGAAUUGCAUUGAAAUAUGGAUGUACGACAGAACAAAUUCGACGGGUCAAUCGUUUAUUUGCUCAAGAUAGUCUAUUUCUGCGGCAAUAUCUAAUGAUACCAGUUGAUCGUGACACAUCACUUCAACACAAUCAGAUAAUGAAAUCUAUGCCAGCAAAUGCAAACAAUGAUUCGGAAACAUCAACAGCAUUUGCCGGCCAAUCAUCACACUUGGUUACAACAGCUGCAUCGACAACAACUAGCAACUCAACCAUAGCCAAUUUAAAUGAUAAUAUACUUAGUCCAGAAGAGGAGAGUAAAAAAUCGAUCGAAGAUUUUCUGGGUAAAAUCGAUUCGAACCUUGCAAAAACAAAGAAAUAUGUAAAAAAUAGCCAAAGUAGCUUAGAUAAAUUAGCAUCAAUUGAAGAUAAUAAUUUUCAAGAAAAUACACACUCAGCAGCUGCAUAUGCGCUUUCAUCAUCAUAUCACAGUGGCGGUUAUGGUGGGGCCGGUACAAGCAAUGGCACUCAAUUGGUCGUUACACACGGCAAACGAGUGAAAAGUUCAUUACAUCGAUUAGAAGAGCAACAAGAUGAAUUCUAUCAACUAUAGUUUAUUGGUCACCGCCAUUCGUUCGGAAGAUGAUGAAUAAUUCCAAAAAAUAUAUAUAUUGUAAUGAAAUUUAUUGCCACACAAACAAACUACAUCGCAAACCUCGUGAUAUUCUAGGUAACAAAAUCCGAAUUCGAUCAUGACCUAUGAGCUGCAAUCUUUUUUCAGUUAGAACGAUUGAAAUAUAUACAAAACAAAAACCCAUAUACACAAAACAUACAAUAAACCAAUCAAAGUUCAAAUAAAAAUGUACCAAACUAUAGGAACAAAGCAACUUGUAAAUUUCAACCGAACUAAUAUUGCUAGCAUUAAGUGCACCAAAUAAUUGAAAAAAAAAACACUACAAAAUUCAAACACAAACACAAACCCAACGGAUAUAUGAUGAAGAGUUUUGCUCUGGAACAAAAAAAAAAAACCUAAUGAGAGUGUUAUGUAUGGUGAAUUAACACACCAUCAGCUGUAUAAAUAACUGAAGAAUAAAGAUAUAAUCCAAUAUGUUGUUAACUUUAA